AUGGUUGCCGCCAAGAAGCACAUCCCGAUCGUGAAGAAGCGCACCAAGCGCUUCAUGCGCCACCAGAGCGACCGAUUCAAGUGCUUGGACUCGGCAUGGCGCAAGCCCAAGGGUAUUGACAACCGGGUUCGGAGACGGUUCAAGGGCAACCUUGCUAUGCCCUCGAUCGGCUAUGGCUCCAACAAGAAGACCCGCCACAUGAUGCCCUCCGGCCACAAAGCGUUCCUUGUCAGCAACGUCAAGGAUGUCGAGCUCCUCCUGAUGCACAACAAGACUUACGCCGCAGAGAUCGCCCACAAUGUCUCCUCGAGGAAGCGGAUCGACAUCAUCGCGCGGGCGAAGCAAUUAGGCGUCAAGGUCACCAACGCGAAGGCGAAGGUCACGACGGAGGUUUAA